UAUGUGGUGUGGCGGUAAGAUCACGCCUAAGGAGUGCGGGGUCGGCACACUGGUGAUGUGACCUGGAAGCCGCGCGAGGAGGUGUUAUCCCAACGACACAGAGGCAGGUCUGAGGCUCGGCAGCGGUGCCAUCCGGGAUGACCCGCGCCACGGCCGGCCGACGUAAUGAGCGCCGCGCCCGGAUCCCCGCACGUCGACCGCAGCGCCCGGCCCCGCUCAGCCCAUAGGCUCCAUGGAGACAGCCGCGCUGAGGGACCUGGCUAAGGGCUGUGUCAUCUUUGAGGAUGUGGCCGUUAACUUCUCCCAGGAGGAGUGGGGACUCCUUGAUGAGGCUCAGAGGCUGCUGUACCAAGAUGUGAUGCUGGAGAACUUUGCAAUCAUAGACUCCCUGGGUUGUUGCCAUGAAACAGAGGAGGAGGAGGCGUUUUCUGAGCAGAGUGUUUCUGUAGAAGGAGUAUCACAGGUUAGGACUCCACAGGCAGGUCCAUGCACCCAGAAGACUCACACCUGUGAGAGGUGUGUUUCAGUCUUGAAUGACAUUUUGUAUCUGGCUGAGCACAAAGCAAUAAACACUGGACAGAAUCCCUACUUGGAUAGGGAGUGUGUGAGAGCCUUCUGGCUCAGUACAAAUGUUACCCAGUACCAGAAAAAGCACAGUGGAGAGAAACCUUUCAGACGGGAUGUGGACAGGGCCUUGUUUAUGAAGAGCUACAGAUUCCAAGUAUCAGGGCAGCCCUUCACCCAUGGGGAGGUUGAAACGGACUCCCUGAUCUCGUCUGGACUUCUCCAGCACCAGGCCAUGCCUAACAGUGAGAAGCCACGAAGCAGCACCAAGUGUGGGGAGGCCUUUCACAAUAGACAGAGUCAUUACAAGUGGAGAGAAUACAGGAAAGCUUCAAGCCACAAACAUACGCUUGAUCACCACCAGAGCGACUGCCCUGCAGAAAGGCUGUAUGAGUGUGAUGAAUGUGGGAAGUCCUUUAGCCACCACUCCUCCCUUAGCAGACAUCGGAGAGUUCACACUGUCGAAAGGCCUUUUGAGUGCAGUGAAUGUGGAAAAGCCUUUACCCGCAAAUUUAACCUCACGCAACACCAGAAACGUCAUACAAGAGUAAAGCCUUAUGAGUGCAGUGAAUGUGGGAAGUCCUUUAGCGAAAGCUCCAUUCUCAUUAAACACCGGAGAAUUCACACUGGAGAAAGGCCUUAUGAAUGCACUGAAUGUGGGAAAACCUUUAGGCAACGUUCUGGGCUGACUGACCACCAGAGACUUCACACAGGAGCAAAGCCUUAUCAGUGUGCAGAAUGUGGAAAAUCAUUUAGCCAUAGUUCCAGCCUCUUUCUUCACCAAAGAGUUCACACUGGAGAAAGGCCUUAUGAGUGCAACAUAUGUGGAAAAGCCUACAGCAGAAGCUCCCACCUUAUUGUACACAAAAGAAUUCACACUGGAGAAAGGCCUUAUGAGUGCAGUGAAUGUGGGAAAUUCUUUAGCAGUCGCUCUCAGCUUAAUGUGCACAAGAGAGUUCACACUGGAGAAAGGCCUUGUAAGUGCAGUGAAUGUGGGAAAUCAUUUAGCCAACACUCUGGCCUUACUAAACAUUGGAGAAUUCACACUUGAAUAAGGAUUUCUGGAAAAUCCUGUAGCCAAAACUCCAGCCUGAGUCAAUUCUGAAAAUUUUGCACCAGGGAAAAGUGUCAUGAAAUCAAUGAAUGUCUGAACACCUUUAGCACCAGCAUGUCCAUACAAGAGAAGGGCCUUAGACCUGCAAAGAAUGUGCUGUCUGUUGAAUAAGACUUUCCUAGAGAGGCUUUAAGGAGCCCUGGUGGCACCAUGGUGAAGUGCUUUGCUGCUAACUGAAAACUGGCAGUUUGAAUCCGCCCAGCAGCUCCACAAGAGAAGGACCUAGUGAUCCGCUCCUGUAAAGAUUACAGCCUAGAAAGCCCUUUGGGCCGAUUCUACUCUGUCACAUGGGAUCACUAUGAGCUGGAAUCAACUCAGUGGCAUGUAACAACAACAGGGCAGUUUUAUGAGGGAACCAUCUGCCUAAAUUUGAACCUCAAACUUCCGAAUUCCAGAGUGGCAAAAUUACCGAUGAUUCCAGGGGUUUGUGAAGCUGUCAGGAGCUAUGUUGCUUGCUUUCUUGCCAGAAUGAUGUCACUGCCAGUUUCUGUGAGAGAAGCCGUCUCAUGUAUACCACCUGGGAGGUCCCCACAGUAUUCAUCUGUCAUCCCAACAAGCUCAGGCAAGGCCUGUCUGCUGACUUUCUCCCAUUCCCUGGAGUAAAUCAUGAGUAGUCUGAGAGUUUAGGGGAGCUUCAUUCUGUUCUCUGACUGUUAAGGGUCUAGACUGCAACCAGUUUUGGCAAAGAGGAACUUGUGUUGGUUCUGCUGGCAGCCGGCAGAGAAGGUUUACCUUCUUCAUGACACUGGUCUUGUGAUACUCAUGAUGGAUUUUUCUAGCCUCUCGAGUCAGCCAAUAAUUACCUACCUCACAUUCCUCUAGUUUAUGCAAUAAUAAAGGCCUUAUUGUUUAAGCCAUCAUUCAUCUUUGGGGUGCUGUUCACAGUGUGCAGUUGGUUUAAAACAGAUUUAGGCUGGGGCAAUAGUUAAAUGCUUGGCUGCUAACUGGAAGGUUGGCAGUUUGAACUCACCCAUCCACUCUGCGAGAGAAAGACUCGGCAGUCUGCACCUGUAAAGAUUACUGCCUAGAAAAACC